AGUCUGCAAUUUCACCUCUCAUUGAAUAAAUUUCUGAAGCCCUCCAAAAGUUAAAUAAAAUUAAUUUUGUCUGUGAAAAAGAGAAAUUUAACUAUUCUGGUUCUAUUUGAAAAUUUGUGUUGUACAAAAAAAACUUUUUCCGUGAAGAAAUGAAAUUAAUUCUUGGUCUUUUGAUCUUAAUUUCUCUAUACAAGGACUCCGUUGAAGGUUCCUGCCUCAGUUAUGGACACUCCUGCUGGGGAGCACACGGAAAGAGGAGCUCCCAAAGAGUCCUUCCAAGACCGCCACCUCAUAUAAAUCUCCCAACGCGUUGGGCACUUUUGAAAAUUAUUCCUGACAAGAACAUUUUCGAGAUGAGGACAAAGGUUCAGGGCAACACAGCAGACAGAGUAAAUGAUUCUAGAUUUUUCCGAUCCCUGAGUCCAACAAAUACCCUGGAAAAACCCGAAGACAGCGAAUCACUGACACAGACAGAUGAUACCUCCAAUGAACCUCAAGAAUCAAAUGUCAACCUGAAAAAGCUCUUCCUCAGGGACUCGAGAGAAUCCGAAGAAGCACUGAGCAACAAUUUGGACAAUGAGAUUGCCAAUAGUGACCCCAACGAUGCCAAAUUCUUCAAAUAUCUGGACAAUGAUUCUGCUAAGAUGUUCGUUUGAAUGGUCACCGAAGCAGUAAUAAAGGACUGAUGAUCUUCCAAAUUUUCCAUCAAAACCAAACUGAUCCACAAGAUGAACCACAAAUAAAAACUACCAACGUACAUCUUAACAAAUGGACUCUCUUUUUAAAUAAAUAUAUGAUCAUUCUCCAUGUUAAAAGUCAGUCAUCAACUGAUAUGUAUAAAUGAGUGUAAAAAAGUGUUAGAUUUUAUCACGAGGAUUUAAAGUGUUUCACCUCUUGAUAAGCAUGGCUGGUAUUAUCACCAUGGUGAAACACUUGACAUAAUAAUAUUCUGUUAACAGUGCGGAUUAUUCUAUUUAGAACGUUUAACUGAUAAAGUAUUAGUUCCUCCUAUGUAUAUUUAAUAAAUAAGUAAAUAAGACACUAA